AUGUCGUUGAGACCUAGCGCCCGGACCGAGGUUCGCCGGAACCGAUACAAAGUGGCAGUCGACGCCGAUGAAGGUCGCCGCAGAAGAGAGGACAAUAUGGUAGAGAUCCGCAAGAACAAGCGUGAAGAGAGUUUGCAAAAGAAGCGACGCGAAGGUCUCCAGGCACAGCAGUUCCCUGCCGCUGUUCUCUCUUCUAAUAUGGAAAAGAAGUUAGAGAGUUUGCCUUCGAUGGUGGCUGAUGUUUGGUCUGAUGAUAGUAAUUUGCAGCUGGAAGCAACUACUCAGUUUCGAAAACUGCUUUCGAUUGAGAGGAGUCCUCCAAUAGAGGAAGUUAUACAAGCUGGAGUUGUUCCACGAUUUGUUGAGUUUCUUGUUUGGGAGGAUUUCCCUCAGCUUCAGUUUGAGGCUGCUUGGGCUCUCACAAACAUUGCCUCUGGAACUUCAGAGAACACAAAGGUGGUAAUUGAUCAUGGUGCAGUUCCAAUAUUUGUCAAGCUUCUUGGUUCUCCCAGUGAUGAUGUUAGGGAGCAGGCUGUGUGGGCUUUGGGAAAUGUUGCUGGUGACUCCCCUAAGUGCCGUGAUCUUGUGCUCAGUAAUGGAGCUAUAAUUCCAUUGCUAGCACAGUUGAAUGAACACGCAAAGCUUUCAAUGCUGAGGAAUGCUACAUGGACGCUAUCAAACUUCUGCAGGGGCAAGCCACAACCUCCAUUCGAGCAGGUGAGGCCAGCCCUUCCUGCACUUGAACGUCUUGUACAUUCAACUGAUGAAGAAGUCCUAACUGAUGCUUGUUGGGCACUCUCUUAUCUUUCUGAUGGUACAAAUGACAAAAUCCAAGCUGUUAUCGAGGCAGGUGUCUGUCCACGACUUGUGGAGCUCCUUCUCCAUCCUUCUCCUUCUGUGCUUGUUCCUGCCCUCCGCACAGUUGGAAAUAUUGUGACGGGGGAUGAUAUGCAGACCCAGUGCAUAAUUAACACUGGUGCACUCCCAUGCCUUCUAAGCCUGUUGACUCAUAACCAUAAAAAGAGCAUCAAGAAAGAAGCUUGCUGGACGAUCUCAAACAUUACUGCUGGGAACAAGGACCAGAUUCAGGCUGUUAUUGAGGCUGGUUUAAUUGGCCCACUCAUUAAUUUACUUCAAAAUGCGGAGUUCGAUAUAAAGAAAGAAGCUGCUUGGGCAGUUUCUAACGCUACUUCUGGUGGUACUCAUGAGCAAAUUAGGUUUUUGGUCAGUCAGGGAUGUAUUAAACCAUUGUGUGAUCUUCUUGUAUGCCCUGAUCCAAGGAUUGUAACUGUAUGUCUCGAAGGAUUAGAGAAUAUUCUGAAGGUUGGGGAAGCUGAGAAGAAUUUGGGGAACAGUGGAGAUGUAAAUUUCUAUGCCCAGAUGAUAGAUGAUGCUGAGGGACUAGAAAAAAUUGAAAAUCUACAGAGUCAUGACAACAAUGAGAUCUAUGAGAAGGCAGUCAAGAUUCUUGAGACUUAUUGGUUGGAAGAAGACGAUGAGACUUUACCUUCAGGUGAUGGUGCCCAGCAAGGAUUUCAAUUUGGUGGGAACGAUGUUCAAGUUCCAUCUGGCGGAUUCAACUUUUAG